AUGGCAUCCCCCUACUCGCCCACAGAGAGGCGUGCCAACUCCCCGUUAUUCGACUUCUCAGCUGCACCGAAAGACAAGGACGACGAUGGAGAGGAAUUGUUGGAUAAUGUAGAUUUAGAUGCCCCUGCGCCAAACCCCGACUCAGGUAAAGAUCAAUCAUGGAGAGAAUCGUCUGCAUCUUCAUUAAGCUAUGCAUCACCCUCUAUAGCUAGUUCUUCUCGACCCCCUCUGUCCACGAAGUCCAGUGCGAUGAGCAGUACGACGGUUAGUACGUUGCUGACUUCUGGAGGAGGACCGACCCCGCUUGUGUUGGGUGUAGCAGUGGUGGACUUCAAUCAUCUUAUCGGCCCAACGGUCGAGUUCGCAUAUCCACCUUCACUUCAACUUGCGAUUCAAGAUGAUGAAGAUUGGAUGAGACUCUUACCUUUCUUGGCGUUGCCAGAUGGAGCGCAUCUGAGUGAGGAGGAUUAUUCGUAUUUCCACUGCACAUACACGCCCUCAGGGGGUCAAGUACCGACGGACGUACCAUCCUCACAGACGUUAUUCGGUAUAUCGUGUAAUCGACAAUUGGCAUCGUCAGAAUUGACGAGACGUCCAAGUGACGUGACGAGAAGUAUGGUCCAGAAAGCUGUAGUGGUCAUUGCUAGUCAACCUGUAUUUGGACCGAUACGUGAUAAACUCGGAGUAGUGACCAGAGCGUAUUUUGCGCAACGCGACUUCACACAAACUGAGAUACUGGAGGAUUUCUAUACGUCGCUCGAAUCGAGCUUGGAAGGGAAGAGCAACGAAGGGGCUAUAUAUAUUGGCACAAGUCUCAGAGAACUGGUACAUAAAUUCAGACAUCGUACUUUGGUAUUAUUGAAAUUGCUCAUGCUCCAGAAAAGGGUAAUGCUAUAUGGCUACCCCGUAGAGAAGCUGUGUACAUAUCAGUACUCUUUGGUCUCUCUCAUACCAGGCCUUCUGAUGAGUCUGAAAGACUCUGGAUCACCCGACUUGGACAUGAAGAAGACGAAAGUGCGACCAACAUCGUUAAGGACAAGCGAUAGGUCGAGUCUGCUCAGAUAUAUGGGAUUGCCCCUCCAGGUGUUCGGCAAAGAUUCAUUUUUCCAACCAUAUAUGCCAUUGCAGCAGAUACACAUGUUACAAGCCAAAUCGUGGCUGGUCGGAACGACGAAUCAGAUUGUCACUCACCAGAAGGAUUGCAAAUAUGAUUUAUUGGUUAACAUCGACACGAAUACAUUUGAAUUUACCGAUCCGAAGAUCGAAAGACUAGUGACGCUCACUCCAGCAGAUAGGAAAUGGAUGGAUGAUGUGGUCAGGACGGUAGAAGAGUCAUGGAGUUUGCCGGAAGGAGAACGUCCAGGGUUCAAAGGAAGUGACGACGAUUUGCGAUCACGUUUCGAAGAGUAUAUCUGCGGAGCGCUCUCUUCGAUCAAAUACGCAGAUUUCUUGACGAAAGCUAAAAGACAGGAUAUAUCGAUAGUGGGAGUGGGUGGCAACGACCCAGCUGGAGAUGGACCGAUUCUCUCGCCUUUCUCUGAACAUUGGAUAGCCUCGUUCAAGAGUACCCCAGCGUACGAGAUUUGGAAUGGAUGUACGGAUCCUGCGCUGUUCGACAUUUGCGAGCCUAGACAUCCAUGCGAAGGGAAGGUGAACGCUGUAUCGGAUCUAGGAUUGAGGUUGGCUGAGGGCCUCCACGAUCUCCACUUGGACCAACAGCUUGGCCCAACCCGAGACGCUCUCAGCUCAGCAUUUGCAGCGGGCUCCUCAUCACUGUUCAAGGCGUUCGACGGUGUACGGUCAGAAGUCAACACUCGACUCCAGCAGCGUGAAGAGGCUCAGGCUCAGAAGACCAGCAAGGGCACUUCUACACCUCCAACGACGUCUACCCCGCCAAACACAGGAAAACAGAUGGAAGAUAUCAAAGCGACACUAGGAGGGAUUGGAAGUGGGAUAGGAAGUUUCUUUGGAUCUAGGAUAAAUACUUUGAGAGGUGGGCAGACCGGUGCUGCCUCGGCUCCAACAACAAUUACUCCGUCUGCUGGUCAGACGAAUAGUAAAGAUGAGAACGGUGCGAAGGGAUUGAGACCUAUAAGUUUGAUGGGUGGUAGUAACGCCAAUAGCAGUAAUACGGGAUCGAUUGGGAGGUUUGGAGGAUGGGGGAGAGGAAAUUCCACCGGACAGUAG